AUGUCUGACGCUUGGGAAGAAAUUCAAGCUGUUAAGAGUAAGAGAAAUAGUCUACGAGAGAAAUUAGAAAAACGUAAGAAGGAACGGCAGAUCAUACUAAGCACCAAUGCUAACUUGGUUACUAAUGAGAAGUCAGAAGGUUCACCGGGUGGCGGGAAAGAGCGUUCCGCUGCCAGCCCAGCUUCACAGAAAAAUGAUGCUCAAUUACUAGAGAAGCCAAAGUUGCUGGUACCGUCAGCCUCCUUAGAAGUGCGAUUGCUUCAAGUCCUUUCAGAUAUGCAAUUACAACUUCCUGCAACCGCUAGUUCUCUACUCCCUGGAUUGGGUGAUGUUGACACUGGUAUCAUAGCAAGCUUAUUACAAAAGUUUGCUACACAGAAACUCAUUACUAUCAAAGAAAGAACUGAGAGCACAACAGAUGCCAGCUUAGAAGUUGUCAGUGCAGAGUCCGUAAGACUUGGGGCUGUACUUGCAGCUUUAAUGGAAGAACAGGCUGCAGGAGAGAAGACCCCUCACAAGAGAAAAGGGGAAAACGUGAACGACGACAGUUCUAAUCCGAAGGUAGCAAAAACCGCCGCAGAUGAGAAGAAAACCUCCAAAAAUGACACAGAUCUUAUGUCUCUACUGGCGAUGCCAUCGAGCAGAGAGAAAGCUGUGAAGAGGGUAGGCGAAGAAAUCAUGGACUUGCUGAGUAAACCUACGGCAAAGGAAAAAUCACUUGCUGACAAAUUUAAAAGUCAAGGAGGCGCGCAGGUGAUGGAGUUCUGCCCGCACGGGACGCGCGCGGAGUGCGCACGCGCCCUGCAGCCCAACGCGCCGCUCGCACGUGACGCGUGCUGCAAGAAGCUACACUUCAAAAAGAUCAUCCAGGGACACACAGAUGAGUCACUCGGGGAUUGUUCCUUCCUCAACACAUGCUUUCACAUGGACAGUUGCAAGUAUGUCCACUAUGAGGUUGAUAACACUGAUCCUAAUGCAACAGCAAAAUCUAGCGAGAGUGUUUCUAAAGGGACACAUAAUGGAACAAAUGUGGUGACGAAGCCAGACGGCGUGCUAACUCUCACGCCCCCACAAUGGAUACAAUGCGAUCUUAGGUACCUGGAUAUGACAUUUUUAGGUAAGUUCGCAGUGAUAAUGGCUGACCCACCAUGGGAUAUCCACAUGGAGUUGCCGUACGGUACAAUGUCGGAUGACGAGAUGAGAUGCCUCGGAGUGCCACAGCUUCAGGACAGCGGACUCAUAUUUUUGUGGGUCACCGGCAGAGCUAUGGAGUUAGGCCGCGAAUGUCUCAAACUGUGGGGUUACGAACGAGUGGACGAGUUGAUCUGGGUGAAGACCAACCAGCUGCAGAGGAUCAUACGCACAGGCCGGACUGGACAUUGGCUCAACCAUGGGAAGGAGCACUGUUUGGUGGGUAUGAAAGGUAAUCCGGACAACUUAAACCGCGGUCUGGACUGUGACGUCAUCGUAGCCGAAGUCAGAGCCACUUCCCACAAACCCGACGAGAUAUACGGAAUCAUUGAGCGAUUAAGUCCAGGUACUAGGAAAAUAGAACUAUUUGGACGUCCACACAACGUACAACCUAAUUGGAUAACACUCGGCAACCAAGUGGACGGUGUACGCCUGGUCGACCCAGAUCUCAUCUGUGCGUUCAAGAAGCGGUACCCAGACGGAAACUGCAUGGCGCCCCCUCCUCCCGACCCUGGGCUCGCAUAG